AUGGGGCAAAAUGUGUCAAGUCUUUGCCAUUCAUGCAUGACUAAGCCACGAGAAGACGAACUGUUGCUAAUUUCUAAUGACCCACCUGAGAACGUAAAAAAAGAUGAAAUUGUGAAUGGGUUCAAUUUGGCCCAUGUCAAUGAAAAGUUAGAAGAGGCAGAAAAAGAGUACUUAGAAAUGAUUCGCGAAGGACUUGACGGUGGUAACUGCAUAGUUGAAAUUGACAAGCCUGACGUAAAAGUCUCAGGAAAAGAAACAGAAAAAGGUUAUGUCGUAAAGUACCAAUUUUGCAUGCCAUUUACACCUGAUGAGUUUUUCAAUCUCGUAGACUUUCCAGCAAAGAAAGCUAAGUGAGAUAGUUCUGUAAAGCUAAGUGAAGAAGUCAUGAAAACUGAUAAUUUUUCAGCUGUACACACCAUUUACAAAGGGGCGUUUCCGAUUUCUGCCAGAGAUGUGCUCUUGGUAUGCAGAAAGUUCAAGGACGGGAAAAACUGAUGUGAUUUGUCGACAAGUGUAGAAAGUGAGAAUUAUCCUGUUGACAAAGAUGUUGUAAGGAUGCAGAUUUUUGCAGGAGGGUAUUAUUUAGAGCCGAUGGAAAAAGAUGAGAAUGGGAAUAUUACGAAGGUGACAAGUGUGUCACAUAUUAAUGUUGGGCUACCACCAGCGAUGUCUAAAGCGGUGAGGAAGUUUGCUACUUCGCAAAUUCCGAAGUUUGGGAAAAAUCUUAUUAAAGCGAUUGAGAAAGAAAAAGAAGAGACUCAAAAUAAAGAUAAUAGCCAGCAUCCCUAA